AUGGUCCCAAACUCGAUCGCAGCUAGCUCACAUCUCAGAAGACGCAGUUCGCACCAUACGACACUGUUCCACUGCGCUUCUGCCCACCGCAGAUAGACACCACGACGCAUGUGUAGCUAGCGAUGCCAGUCCUACUAGAGACGUCCAGCUCGGCACCCACCGGACGGCGGAGCGCGCUGACCUGUGCUCGAUGUCGCGCUCGGCCAGCAUCUUUGCAGACACGAGGAGGAAGCACCGGAGCAGCGUGCGCUAUCUGCGCCGAAGCAGGUCUGGUCAAUCGACUGAAGCCUUCUUUUGACAAGUGCAGAGGAGCGGAGCUCUGGGCAUCGCUGAGCCAGGACGGGUCGUCCGAACUUGCCAAGACAAGUGGCACCGAUGAUGGGGAGCGUCCAAGGUCGCCAGGGAGACGGGCCAGGACACAGCAUGGCACCAUCGCUCUGGCCUGGGAUGGAGGCGUCGAGGGCCGCGUGCUGCUCCGUCUCGCCUGUUCAGAGCUUCUUCACACCAGCAGUGGUAACAUUGGCUCAGGCGUCCACCGCGAAGCCGCUCUGCAAGAUGACCGGGAAGGUGCAAACGGCGUGGCGCUGCCGCCCUCACAGGUGAAGCGUCUCAGCAGGAAGGGAACGCAAAGGCCACAAGAAAUCAAGCACAUAGUAGUGAUACACGUGUAUGACGACAGCACGCCGGCUUCUAGUUCGCAUAGCAGAAGACAGCUCAUCGAAGCCGCAGUGGCAGAGGAGGGUGGAAAGGACGCUGGUUUGCGACUUGUAUGCGUGCCUUUGUCAAGCGUGUUCUCGAGGGGGAAGGUUUCUGGCAAGGUCCGCUGCAGCGCUUAUCCUAGAGGGCCGCGUCGUCUUUCUCAAGACCACGAGUCGCUUCCCGAUGGAAGCGCCGCAGACUCUCAAGGUUCUUCCAGCCAUGCUGCUGAGGCAGCUCUGUCUCACCUUCGCAGUGCGUUGAACCCACCAGACGCACCCCGCGCCCAAGCAGCGUCCUGUCUCUCUCGCAUUAUCUCGCUCCGCAAGGUCUUCACCGAGAGAGUCCUGUUUCGCACGACCAAGGAAGUGGGCGCCACAUGUCUGCUACUAUCGCAAAGUGGAACAGGUUGUGCCAAUGCACUGCUUGGAGGCAUUGUGCAUGGAGGCGGGUACGCUGUUCAAAUUGCAGGACGCGACGGGUGGCGAGAAGGUGAGUACACGAGUAAGCAAGGGCUAUCUAUGCCAUCACUUUCCAGGCAGGGUAUCGGUACCACAGAUAUCACAUCAUGGUGGCCCACUCUGAGCUCAUGUGUGCCGAUGAUCCUCCCUUGCCUUGCAGAUGUCCUGAUUGUACGACCACUGCGCGAAGCGCUGCUCAAGGAGGUAAUCUAUUACGCCCACCAUCAGCGGCUUAAAUACGCCUCUGCAAUCUUCGAUGACGGGGCUAAAUCAUCAGGAAUGGCUAGCUUGCGCGGGGACAAGAGUAGCAUCGGCCGUCUCACGCAAGCCUUCAUUUCCCUGUUGGAAUCAAACGCCCCGUCCACUGUCAGCACCAUCAACAAGACCAGUUCGAAACUCGUCUUCCAGCCGGAGCAAUCCGGAUCCAGCGCUGCGCUCGACCCAAGCGCGGAUGACAUUGCCACGGAUCGAAGCCGUUGGCCUACAGUGAUAGCCGGGCCGUCUGUUCCCCUACCCUUGAAGCGAGCCCAGCAGACUGCGAGCGCCGUUUGUGGUAAAGAACAAAAUCUAGGCACAGCCGCUCGGCGCUUACUCUCAGCAGCGAGGGACUCGCCCAAGUGGAAGAGUCCAGCCAUCAGCCACCGAACCGCAAAAAGGUCGCCUGGUCAAGGCGAUGCUUUUGAGCACGCCGACGGUCUCCACGCGUGGAGCCCCUCGUGUCCGUUGUGUUUGUUGCCUGCUAGCCGUCAACGGCACCAGUGGACCGAUGCUUUGCGUGUACACGUUCCCGAGGCGCAGCUCAAGCAGUCAUUGACGGAUCAAGCUGAAGAGACUACCAUCGAUCUGGGACGCUUGCUCUGCUACGCGUGCGCUCAGAUUUUGGAGACACCGGACCCGGCGCCCGUCUUCCGAGGGGCCCCUUUCCUCGCCGAGAUGGAGUCAAGUUCUGCCGUGAUGUAUCUGCCAGAGUACGUCUUGCACGAGGCCAGCAAAGAGCUACAAGCCGAACGUGUUCAUCUACAAAAGCUUGUUCACCCAGAUGGCAAUACCAUGGAGCGGCUCACUGCGCGAGGCGAAGACGAUGGGACGUCGGACCGCCUCGAGACUAUAGCCAACUCUGACAUUGAGGAUCCGGAGCAUCUCACCUCUCAUCCGACGCGAGGAAAGCACACGCCUAGGCAGAUCACUCGAGAUGAGAUGCUCGGAGAGCUCAAAGAUUAUCUGGUGGCAUGAACAGCAUGCUCACGGACGCCGUGUAGGCGCACAUCGACGGUCGUGGAGUGGAU